ACACACUUCGGGUGUUAUUGUCUCCUGUCACCUCUAGGUGGGAACAUCUCAUUGCAGCAAGAAAAGCUCAGAUUUUCUAUCAUCCUAUUAUUGACGGAACUUUGCUUUGCAUCCGCCAGUCAGAGGAAAUAUUUUCAUGCCGGACCAAUGAGUGCCCUGGCUUGUGGACGGAUUCUACGAUGGACCUGGAAGAUGGGAUUAGUGAAAUGUGUCGCUGUCCAGGAAUCGUCCAGGUUAUCAAUUCCUUACAGAUCACUCUCUUCGUCAUCACAACAGUCAAUCCAGAAUCAUGAAAGAAAGUUAACCAAGCAGUCUCUGGCUGACAUGGGUUUCUCAGAGAGCCAGGCAGAGGUCGUGUAUGAAGGAGCGACUAAACAUCGCUGCAAGGGGGACCUGCCGGUACUGAUGGCGCUGUUUAGCCUCGGCUUAAACGCAGGCAGUGUGCUGAAGAUCCUGGAGAAAUGUCCUGCGCUUUAUUCUGUUACAACUGCCCAGUUACAGCAGAGGAUUACAAACCUGAGGAAGCUUGGACUGCUCGAAGGCAGCUUGCAAAGAGUGAUCAGCCACCACCCUCAGAUCCUAACGCUUCAGGCGAAGAGGGUGAACGCUGUGUCUCGACGACUCAGAGAGAAGUGCAAGUUCACCGCCCAGCAGGUGACCGACAUUCUCAGAGACUCGCCACACGUGACGGAAGAGGAGCCUGCAUGUCUGGAGUACAUGUUUCAGUAUGUAUAUUUCCGCAUGGGCUGUCGCCAGGCCGAGAUGGUGAAAGCGAAGCUCUUCAGGCUUUCCGCGGAGGAGCUGCGGUGUCGGCACGGCUUCCUGGAGCGACGUGGACUCUACCAGACCCCCGACAAGAAGGGUCAAACGCUCAUACUCAAUCCGCGCUUGAAAGACGUGCUGAGUGUCUCUGAAGACGUCUACCUGGGAAAGAUUGCCAAUGCAACACAGGAGGAGUUUGACGUGUUCCGGAAACUGGUGGCAAGAGAGCAGGAGGAGCUGGAUGAAGGUGAUGAGUACAGCAGUGAAGAUGAGGGAGAAGAGGAAGAGGAGGAUGAAGAAAUAGAGGAUCACACAGACAAGCCCGUUUGAAAUGCGGGUUACCAAAAGACUUUUGGUACAUUUUCUUUUUUUUUAUUAUUUGUAAGCCAUUCUGAGCAGGGUUAUUAUACAACCCCAGAUCAGAAAAAGUUGGGACAGUAUGGAAAAUGCAAAUAAAAUAAAAAUGCAGUGUUCCUUACAUUUACAUUACACAUUUACUUUGACUUUUAUUUUCAUGUCCCAAAAAAAGUUGGGACGGGGGCAAUUUAGGGCUAGUAAUGAAGUGAAAAAAAUAAAUAAUGAUUUGAUUCCAAACAGGUGAUUGUGAUCAUGGUUUGGUACAAAAUCAGCAUCCAGAAAACGCUGAGUCUUUGAUGAGCAAAGAUGAUCAAAGGAUCUCCAGUUUAUCAACAAAUGCGUGAGAAAAUGAUUGAAAUGUUUAAAAACAAUGAACCUCAAAGAAAGAUUGGAAGGGAUUUGCUCUUAGGGUGUGUCUCUCCGCAUGCAUGCUAGGUGGCGCCACAAUCGUCAAUGUGUAGGUGAAAAAAUACAGGUGGCUGCUGCUCAUGUUUCAGAGAGAAUAUGGGAUAGCUUUGAUCUCCUCGGUCAGGGCAGAGUUCGGCAUAGACAGAGAGGAAGCACGGUGCAAACUGGAUAAUUGGACGCGCAAAAAAUGCACAAAAAAAAAAACUUUACUGUGCAUAAAGAGGCCUCGACUUCUCUGGGCUCGGUGGCAUCUAGGAUGGACCAUCACACAGUUGAAAUGUGUAUUGUGGUAAAAAAAAAAAAAAAAAUCAUGGAAAAAAAAUGGUACAAACAUUACAAAGUGGUAAAUGCUUUACUGUCCCAACUUUUUUGGAAUGUGGAAAAUAAAACCUUGUGUACAACAGGUACGUCAGUAAAACCAUUAAUAAAAUGACAUUUCGUUUUUUUGGGACCCUAA